AAGAAUUCAAAGAGAUAGAGGGAGAGAGCCAAGGGGGAAAAAAGAAAAAAACCAGAAGAAGAGAGUUUCAAAGGAGAGGGUGGAACAUCCCCUUGCUUUCUCAACUUAUGACCCAUCUGAAUAUCAGAUUUGGGUCCUUCGAUAAUCUCAGCUCCCGCAAUCAAGUUAUUUUGACAUUGACCGUCUGUGGAACGGCCAAUGUCAGCAACCGACGGGCCACCAAGCCUCCUCAGCUCCUUCUCCUUCAGAUCUAAGGAACACCCUGCCGCCGGCAGCGGCCGCCGUGACCUCGCAGGCCUGACCCUUGACGCCGUCCUCGGCACAGAGACUCCCAAGCCCAAGCCCCCGCCGCAACUCUACCCGUCGCCGUCUCAGAUUACCCGGACCCUUCUCGACAUCAUCCGUGACGAGGAGCCCGACUCGUCCUCCUACAAGAGCCUUGUAGACCACCAAGACCGGAAGGCUUGGAGGAACUUCAAAGACCGCCUAAAGAGCCGCGGCCGUGCCGGCAACGCCUGGACCCCCUCUAUCCCCACUCCGUCCUCCGACGGCCCCAUCAGGAACUUCCGCAACCAGAACUCACGGCACAACUCAUCGGCUCGGUUGCACCCUUAUAGCUCGGACGGAAACGCCAUGGACGGUGAAGAAGGUGUUCGCCGUGUGCAAUUCCGUGACUUCCCGAGUCAGAACUCCCGGCCGGUGAUGGUUCGCAGGGGCUCAACCAGGAUCGGGUCAGGAGAGUUGGGUGACUCCGACGACCCCCCAGGUCCUGCAACUCUACGCCCACAGUUCUCCCGCCACAACUCGACCCGGCUUGGAUCAUCCCGAUCAGAGUCAGCCCGGUUCCUGAACCAUUGCGAGAGCUCACUCGCUCCUAAGGAUGAGCUGAGCAUGGAGGCGGAGGAGCGCCUGGCGCGGCUCGCAAUGGCAGAGGAGAGGCAGAUGUCAGCCAGGGAGGCCGCGGCAGCCCAGGAGGCGGCGGAGGCGGCGGCCGCAGCAGCUGCGGCAGCCGAGGAGGAGGAUAGGGACAACGGGAGUGGGAGCGGAAGCGAGGGGUCGGACAAGGACGAGGAGCAGCCGGUGAGGAUGUCGUUGAUGGACCUUCUCGAGGAGACUGACAAGCAGAUGGGGUGGGAGGGGUCGAAAUACAUGGUCGGGGACGACGAGGACGAGGACUAUGAUGAGUACGACGAGGACGAUGAUGAGGCAGAGGACGGCAGCUACGAGUGCAGCUGCUGCGUCUGCAUGGUGAAGCACAAGGGGCAACCGUUGGUCCCCUGCGGCCACGCCUACUGCAAGCUAUGCACCAAGGAGAUGUACGUCAGCCGGGGCAACUGCCCUCUCUGCAACGACUUCAUUCAAGAGAUCCUCACCGUCUUUUAAUUCACUAGACAUGUUUUUCUUGCCAAUCCUAUCGGAUUUCUCGAACCGCCACAUCGCAUGUUAGACGUGCGUGCUCCGGUUAGAUAGCUUACGACACAAUUGUGUCUCGGAGGUCCUUGAAGCGGGAAAACACUAUUUGUAACGGGAUGUUUCUCUCCCUCAUUUUUCUUUGUUUUUCUUUUUCGCUAGAACUGGCCGAGACGAUAUGCGAUGGUAACAAGUUUCUAUCGUAUGCUCAAUUUUGCGAUUUACAAACCAUAGUAUGUAUGCCAUUCACUAAAAUGCAAUUAGAUUCAUAUA